AUGACGACACUCCCUAGACGUGAUUUAUGUCUGGCGUGCCGGGUCAAGUUAACUUAUAAGAGGGACAUUAAGCAACUGGCAGAUGCGCUUCCUAGCGGCGCGGACGUACAAGCUACCCAGCAUCGGUGCACCUGUCCUGGAGGAAAAUAUGAGGCUCCUCCAGAGGAACCUAUGGGGCACGUCGUGGCCCGCCACCCUAGCAUAGCUCAAAUGGGCUUUCCCCCCUACCAGCAUGACUUUUCUUCCACAGACACCGGACGUCGAACGAGGUAUCCUUUCCUUGAGCCUCAUCCCCCACGAUCUCUAGAGCGAAGGACUCAUAAUGGUGCCAAAGUCGAGAUGAAUGUCAGUAGCAGACGCCACGCCGCAAAUCGACUCUCACCGACCACCUCGAGUGAUUCCUCUGGAGCCUCAGAUCACAUCUUACUCCCUCCUAUCGAUGGUGAUUACUCCCCAUGGCGUCACCUACCUCCCGCAGGUAGCGACCAGCGCGGCGCAUCGUCGAGCUGGUGCUCUUCACCCAUUGAGAUUUCUGGCAGGUCCUUGCUUCAUUCUCACUCUGACCGAUUGUCGCGGGUCUCAGAUACUGAUAACAGGCAAAGAUAUCAGCCCUACUCUCGGCCCAGGCCGCUGCUGCGCUACACACAAGUCAGCGAUGAGCAGCUACCAGGGAACUUCCGAGACGACUCGACAUCUCCUCCUGGCACGCUCCUGGGUAAUGAUCCAGAGGAAAAUGUCAUGACCGGAAUCCACCGGCGCAAUAGUUGCCAUUCCAACCCUCCUCCGCCGGUGCUAGACGUGGAAGGCGGGCGUCGGUCUGCCAGGCUUCAUGAUUCUUUCGUUAAUCGUGACCGCAAGUUGCCCCCGCUAGUCCUUGAUCGUGAAGAUCUUCGUUUACCCCCUGUCCGCCGACCGUAUCGGUAUAAAGCCACAUUGCCUGAGAGUGAAGGCUAUCGUUCGCGUCACGAAGACCUUCCGAGACUUAGUCGACACCAGCUGCCGACACCUCCUGGAAGUAGCUCGUCGCCGCUUGCCCCCAACUUCCGCGGAUUUUCUGAUCAUCAUCGACCCUGGCGAUCAAGCCUCAUUUAUCAGCCUCGGGAGGCUUCGCGAGAGAGGGAUCAUCACGAUGUUAGGGCGACUUCCGGAGGUCUGCCAACUCCCGUCCAUGACUCACCAAUGGACCAGGCGCUAUUGGACGAUAGCUAUCCCAACGACAGGAUUUCGACUUUGAUCCCAUUUUUCAUGUUGUCGAGGAUGACCUACGGCAAGCGAGAACGCAACGACGGCUAUACUCGUGAUAGGGUACUUCGUGACGCCCACGAGGACUCUAAUCAAUCCCUGCUGAACAGCUCCCACAACGAUAAGGUAUUCGGAUCCUCAACCAACAAGGAGUGUGCAGCAGCAUCCAGAAGUUUACCCAGCCCCAUCGACGACUUGCCAAUGAACGAAGCAUCCUUUGACUUAAACCACGGAAAUAACAGAUCCCGGAUGUCUGGUACCUCUACUACGUCAACGGCCAGCGACGCCUCAGUACGUGAUAGCCCUCGUCGCAGAAUACAGCUCGAUGGUGCACAUGAAGAGUCUGGCCAUGUGCCACAGUCGAUUGCUGCUGUGCCCGUUUCUGCGCCUUUACAAUCGCAAGUGAUUGGGAUGUCGUACAGUCCCCCAACGUCUGAUGAUGAGGAAGUUGACCAGCUGAGCGAGGAUAAGCCAAAGUCAGGCCCGGUUAACACAGGCUAUUCUCGAUUCCAGUUUAUGCCAGGGAACACCACCUCUCGUACCUACAAAACGGUCUUUUAUCCCGGCGACGACAAGGCUUCUCCCAGCACACCUUGGAAUUCGCGUGCGAUGCUUGCCCUCACUGAUCCGGACCAUUCUACUGUGUAUGCUGACAUCAGAAGGAUGCGACAACUUGAAAAGGAUUCACUAACCGCAGUCCCUCGCACGUCUGAAUUUCACUUCUUUUAUGACUCUUCCAUGUCGGAUAUAGUUCAUAAUUCUCCGUACCCGAGGUCCUUGUUGUUCUCGAACGACCCCUUCCUCGAUUCGUACACCGUCGAAAUCCAAGAGGUCUCAUUCCACGACAACUCUGCUCUGGAGGCGCACGAUCCUAUCGCAACAUUCACUUCAACUAGUUCUACUGUCAUGGAUGAAGACAUUGCCGCCACCUCCGAGCUCGAUUCCCUCACUGACGAUUUGGAUCUCAUCAACUUGGAUCCAAGAAAUUCGGACAAACCCUGA